AUUGAGUAAUAUCAGCCUCACAUCCCUUUGAACAGCCAUGCCCAAGAUAGUCUCCCGGGCGAUUGUAUCUUCUUCCGAACAGGCAGCCCUUACCCAGUCUGCCCGUGCUGUUUUGCGAUCUUACUACUGUCUCUGUGGUGAUUUCGUUCUCGUCUUGCAAGGAAAACUCGACAGAUUACCUCGAAGAAGAACCGACGGAGCCUAUAUCAUUCGCUCUCAACCUGGAUCUGACCCGGAAAAGCAACCGGCAAGGAAAUUCAAGCUCAAUGCUCAGCCAGCUCAACGGUGUCUACUCAAGCGUAAAGGAACUGCCGACUUGGAAAUUCGACAACCAUUUUGUUGUGCAAGAUGUAAGACGCCUGUGGCAUACCAGACAGCACCACCUCCUGCGGGUGAAGGACCUUUCCUUUAUAUCAUCAAAGGAGCAGUGACAGAGUUACAAGGUCGUGUCCCUGCGGACGCUUUUGAAGGGGAAGAACUACUACCUCCAGAUGAGGCUGGUGGGUCCAAGGACUGAAUGCGUUUAUUGUUGUAUAAAUAUCUCCAUGUAGUCUGAUAUAGACGAAUUUGUACGAGUAAACUUAUGCAUGAAGGAUAACAUCGCC